AUGACUGAAUCUGCGGGCCCGCUGGGCGGCUUCCUUGAAGGUUUGCGCGGUGUAUUUUCAGAGCUCACCUGGUCGGCAAGCGAGCUGGCUUUACUCACGUGUUCCGUGGCACUGACAGUGUCGCAGGUGCUUGUGUCUUAUUGCAUCCUUAACUACUUCCCCUCUCCGCUGUUCCUCACCUGGUGGCAGCUCGUGCAGGUACUUGCUAGUGCAUACAUAUUGGGGGAUUUCGGCGCUUCUUUUCCCCGCACUGCCUGCUUCCCUGCAGUCAAACUCGGUGGUUUCAAGUGGUUUGUCCAGCUGCUCCCGUAUUCGUUGGCUUACUGUGCCUUUCACGCAGUAUCCAACAGUGUCAUAGGUGUGGCUCGACACCCCGCUGCAAUCCCUGUUGCCUCUGGGCUCUUAGUUGCCUGCCACCACGUUUUCCGGUCCGCAGGAUGCCAAACACAGUACACUUCGCUCAGGUGGGGGGCGGUAUGCCUUUUAGGGGUCUCUUGCCUGUUUUCAGCGGCCUACGUAGACUUCUACUAUUGCAUGCUGCUCGCCAUGACCUCUGCUAUAUACCGCGGUGCUUACUUGCCCUGGGCAGUGCAUGUUAGCGGGCCUGACGAAGGCUCCCUGACAGCCGCCUGCGGCAUCACCGGGGCCGUGGCGUUCCCACUAUUCAUUUGGCUCUUCAACGAGCAGAUCAAUGUGCUCUCUUUUUCCAAGCUGGCAGCCUUUAAUUCACAUGAAUGGCUCGUUUUGGGCUGCUGGACAACCGCCGGGGCCCUUCCGUUUUUCAAAAGCCUGGUAUCCAACAAGCUCAUGAGGAUGUAUGGCCAGCAUGUGUGGCGCAUCAGCGAACUUGCUUCGGCUAUUGCAAUUUUCAUGUGCUCUACUGAGCUUUGGGGGCCUGCAGGGAUCUCGCUUUCGACCGGUAUGGCUCUCUUGCUCAUGGGGAGGCUUUGCUGCGCAGUCGAUAGCUAUGAGGAACGGCGAGCCCUCGAGUCCCAACUCACUCGCACGUACUAUUCUCGCCGCCUCAGCAAAAGGGAUUCGUCUAUAGAAGAGUCUCUUGCUCUUGUAGAAGAAGGCCUCUUGGAGCACAUUUCUCCUGAACAAGCAGAAGAGAUAAGGGACCAGCUGACCGGUCUCGUGAGGGCAUAUGUAACGCGAACACAAUGUGAAGAUAUCACGAUGCUUCAGCAGAUGGGGGGCGGAGAAGGCAUUGUUCACUUGCUUCGUGUGCCACGCUAUUUGGGGCUGUCCGACCAACAGGACAUUAGGCGGCGUCAAAAGCUAUUCGGGGUCAACAGGCUCCCGCGUCGUGCUUCUGCUUCUUUCCUGUCUCUUUGCCUCGAUGCCGCGUCAGACAGUACCUUGCAGAUUCUCAUGGUGUGCGGUUUUGUAUCGAUUGUCUUGUCCCAGCUAUUUGGCGAGAACCCACAAGUAGAAUGGAUGGAAGGCGCAGCCAUCUGGGUGGCCGUUCUGGUCGUUGUGGUGGUGACUGCUGGAAAUGACUGGCUCAAGGAGCAGCAGUUCCGCCAGCUGUCUGCAGUGAAGGAUAACAAGAACUGUACGGUCAUACGGGACGGAUGCCCAACUCAAGUUUCCGUUUUUGAUCUCGUGUUGGGAGAUUUGCUUCAGUUUGAAGCAGGGGACGAGCUUCCGGCGGACUGCGUGGUGCUGUCGUGUCGUGGACUGCGCAUCGACGAGUCCUCCCUGACUGGCGAGUCGGAAAUGAUCAAGAAAGACACGUACGAAGACUGCGUUGCACAGCUUGAGGAAGGUGACAGCAGGAGUCCUAGGUCAAUGCAGCACCACUUUGUCUCCUCGCCUGUAGUGCUUUCAGGAACAACAGUCAACAGCGGAAGCGGUACUGCCAUUGUUGUUGCUAUUGGCCCGCACUCGCAGUCUGGUCAGCUUUUUCAAAAACUUUCAUUCGAUACGGAGGCGACUCCUUUACAGCUCAAGCUGAAUGCCCUAGCGGGUGACAUCGGCAAUUUCGGGCUCCUUUGUUCUAUCGUUGCCUUUUGCGUUCUUGUCUUGGAAUACUGGGUGAUAUAUGCUCUCACUGAGUCAGACCAGCGGCCUCUUUUGGCGUCAAUCGUUGGUAGCCACGUUCACUUUUUCGUAACGGCCAUCACUGUCCUCGUCGUGGCGGUGCCCGAGGGCCUGCCGCUAGCCGUCACGAUCUCUCUGGCCUACUCAAUAGGGCAAAUGCUGGCCGAUCAAAACUACGUCCGCCGUCUUGGGGCAUGCGAGACCAUGGGAUCUGCCAACGAAGUAUGCUCGGAUAAGACUGGCACGCUCACGAGGAACCAGAUGAGUGCCGUUGCGUUUUGGAAUGGAACGGAGGUAGUUCAAGUCCCUUCAGCCUCUUUCGCCAGCCCAGACGCCAACGGCGCACCGGGGUUCAAUGAGCGAACAGAAAGGUGGCGCUUGAUUACCGAAAGCAUUUCCCUAAACUCGACAGCUUUCCUUGAAAAGAUGGAGAUGAUGGCGCUUAGUGAUGGUCAGCCCACCACCCGGUACACCGUGAAGUACGUGGGAUCUGCAACUGAAUGCGCCCUCCUGGAGUACAACGAUUUCAUCUGCGGGGCAGAUUACGCAGAAAUUCGGGCAACAAAAGGGUCAGACUCCCUCAUCGUCCACAGAGAAGAGUUUUCUAGUGAUCGCAAAAUCAUGACCACAAUCGUGUACCAGAAUGGACUGGACGAGCCUUAUGUGCGAGUCUAUGUCAAAGGCGCGGCUGAAAGGGUGCUCCAGCUAUGCAGUUUUUUAGUGAGUACCAGCGGAGAUGUUCAGCAGCUUCGAGCAGAUCAAAAGUCGGAAAUCGAGAAGCGAGUCAUUGACGGGAUGGCACGUGACGCACUGCGAACAAUUUGCAUAGCGUACAGAGAUUUCAAUAUGGAUGAGUUGCCUGAGUGGAGGGACAAACAACCUGCACCAAACCAAAUGUUUUUGAAAGCCGAGCAGAACCUGAUUUGCCUUGGCAUUUUUGGAAUACAAGAUCCUGUGAGAGACGAAGUGCCCGAAGCCGUAAUGCGCUGCCACCAGGCGGGGAUUAACGUUCGAAUGGUGACAGGUGACAAUAUCAUAACGGCGAAAGCCAUCGCAAAAAAGUGCAAUAUUUUUAGCGAAGAGAGAGGAGACCUGGCAAUGCUUGGGCCGGACUUCACGAAACUGGUGGGAGGCGUGAUCUGCCAGACUUGCAGAACGGCCAUGUGCGGCUGCGCAACUGAUGCAAAGACAGCGGAGCUAGAAGGGAAAAAUCUUCGUGUUGACGUUAUAGCGGAUAUAGAGGCAUUUGAGAGGAUCUGGGGGCGACUUCAAGUCCUCGCAAGAUCCCAACCGUCGGACAAGUACGUUCUGGUUACCGCACUGAAGCAGCUUGGCCAGGUGGUUGCCGUUACGGGCGACGGAACGAAUGACGCGCCUGCACUAAAAAAAGCAGACGUGGGCCUCGCCAUGGGAAUUACUGGCAAGGAGGUGGCAAAACAAGCCGCAGACAUUGUAAUGCUGGAUGAUAAUUUUCAGUGCAUAGUUCAAGCGGUAAAGUGGGGGAGAAAUGUCUACAGCAACAUCCGGCGUUUUCUGCAGUUCCAGCUCACAGUCAACGUCGUGGCUGUGAUUACGACCAUACUGUGCGCGGCCAUUUUGCGCGACUCGCCGCUGACGGCUGUGCAGAUGCUUUGGGUGAACCUUAUCAUGGACAGUUUUGCGUCGCUAGCGCUUGCGACGGAGCUGCCUACGCCCGACCUGUUGAAGGAGAAGCCCCAUCACCGGCACCAGUCUCUCAUCUCGAGGUCAAUGGCGCUUACGAUUACCACUUCUGCACUGUAUCAGCUGGUCAUCAUGAUCGCACUGAUAUUUUUUGGGGAUUCCUUUCUUCCUGAAAGCCAGUGGGGGUACCUCCUGCCAGCAGAUCGGUCACAAAAUGACUUCUGCGAAUUUUCAGACUGCGAUCCGCUGACAGGUCAGGGAACCUUGAUGCGUUCCGGCAGGAAAUACAAGCUUUUUUCUACUGAAGAGGACUACGAGGAUCGCUGGGUCGGCGUAUUUGGACCAUCGCGUCACCUGACAUUUGUUUUCAAUACCUUCGUACUCAUGCAGUUGUUCAACAUGGUCAACGCAAGGGAUGUGGAAGAGGAUUUCACACAGAAAGUGUCAUUACCGCGACUUUUUGUCAAGAUGACAGGCAAUCCAAUGGGAUUCUCUAUUUGGUUGUUCAUUCUCUUCUCACAGAUUUUGAUGGUUGAAUACGGAGGCUCAAUGAUCGGUUGCCACUUCGAGGGUCUCACCUACCAGCAAUGGCUUUUGAGCAUCAUGAUCGGAUUCGUCGGACUCUUAUUUUCCCGAAUACCUCAAUGCUUCCCACAAAUUACUCGCGUCUUUCCAGAGUUUGGAAUGAGGGAGGAAGGAAUUUCAGGGAGCGCUCCACUCGCAUUAGGUCUUCGUGGCCGAUCGCCAUCUCGGAUGAACGAUCGCUGCAUGAUCAGCACGCUGGCAGUUGCUAAAAAGUAUGCGCGAAGGGCGAAAGAGUUGACGAUUAGCCGUAUGAAAGCCCGCAGAGGGCGCUCACAUCAUGCGGCGAGCGCUACCGCAGUAACUGAUGGAUUUCUCCCGGUUCAGGCAUCUGCCUGA